AGACAAUCAUCGGUAGUUUAACUACUCUGUUUCUAACAUGUAGUAAGGGUAAUGAGUUUCUUUUCUGAAUUCGAUUUUGUUGAAUAUAAACAAAAAAUUGAAUAAAUUAACAUCGGUUACUACAAAAACCGGCACUUGGAGUACUGAAGUGCUCUUAAUUUUACAAUGGCAUCGGCAAUCAUGUCUCACGUUUCUUAUUGCAUUAAAUUACGACCAAUACGAAGGAUCACUCACCAGCAUGCUACAAGAUUGCUAUAUACAUUAAAUGACUCCUGCAACAAUUUUGAUCACUCCAACAUGGAUGGCAAAAAAUCCAAAGCAUGUCAUCUAGAAUCCAAUUGUAGAAAUACGCGCCUGUUUCACAGUGAAAAUGUUUCAUACUCAAAAAACAUAAACCAACCUCGGUUAGAGGAUCUUGAUCGAGUUUUCAGAGUUCUUCAAGACACUUUGCCUAAAUUAUUUGUGGAACCACUAGAUUAUUCCAUCUACAGUCCUAAUUUGGUGUUUGAAAAUAACAUUACAGGCAAGCAGACAAUUGGGCUAUACCAUUUCGUAAAACAAAUUGCUCUCCUACGUACGGUAGGGCAUUUGAAAUAUGCCUAUGUUAAAUUCGAAGUGCUUAAAAUUACAAAGCACCCCGAAGAUUUUACUGUAAGAAUUCGAUGGAGAGUGCGGGGCAUUUCCGGACUAAAAGUUAUGUUUUCGUUUUGGAAAUAUAAACUUUGGGCAAUGAAAGAGGUUUUCGAAGAACAGGAGGCUUGGUAUGACGGAUUUUCAGUUUGUUAUUUGGGAUCUGAUGGACUCAUCCACAAACACGUUGUGGAUAGAGUAAUGCCGGAUAAAAAUACGCAAGUCGUAGGACCUGAAUCUGGAACGACAAGUUUACCUACAGGUUCCGUGGCCGUUACAUCACCGAAACUGUGAAUAUAGCUCUUUACAAAGUAGCAGAUACAAUUUAUUUAACGCUGUUAUUACUGAAAGUAAAUAUUAAAUAAACUGAUUUUUGUUAACAAGUA